AAAAGAGAGAGAGAAAAAGAGGACGACAGUGUGUGAUUUUAUUUGUUUGUCGAAAUCUGGGAAUCAUCUGAUACUCUCUUCUCCCUUCAUCGAUUUCGAUUUGCAUCAAUCUAUCGGCGAGAGAGAGAGCGAGAAAGAGAGAGAGACAGCUCAAUCGGAUUCGACUCCCCAAAUCGGAAUCUCUGAUUUCACGAUCCGCCUAAUUCAUUAGAUUACAUCCGAGGGAGUGUGUGUGUGAAUCGGAGAAUAGAGAUAAAGAGAUAAGAGAGAGAGAGAGAGGGAGAGAGAGGGAAUGAACGGUGGUGAUGAGGUCGUCGCAGCUUCGGCAGACCCAUCUCUGCCUUUGGAAUGGAGAUUCUCUCAGGUCUUCGGUGAACGAAGCGCUGGUGAAGAAGUUCAAGAAGUUGAUAUAAUCUCAGCGAUUGAAUUUGAUAAUUCUGGUGACCAUCUUGCUACCGGUGACCGUGGAGGACGUGUUGUUCUUUUCGAGAGAACCGAUGCCAAUAAUAGCAGUGGUGGAACCAGAAGGGAUCUUGAAGAAACUGAUUAUCCACUGAGGCAUCCGGAGUUUCGUUAUAAAACAGAAUUUCAGAGUCAUGACCCUGAGUUUGAUUACCUCAAGAGUUUGGAGAUAGAGGAGAAAAUUAACAAAAUUAGAUGGUGUCAAACAGCCAAUGGAGCUCUUUUUCUCCUCUCGACGAAUGAUAAGACCAUCAAGUUUUGGAAGGUUCAAGACAAGAAGAUCAAGAAAAUUUGUGAUAUGAAUUCAGAUCCUUCAAGAACUGUAGGAAAUGGAACCGUUGCAAGCCCAUGCUUUGUGAAUGGAGGAGUACCUGAAGUGAACAAUUCACCAGGAGGCAUCUCUUCGCUGCGAUUACCAGUGGUAGUAACUAGCCAUGAGUCGAGCCCUGUGGCUAGAUGUCGGAAAGUGUAUGCUCAUGCUCAUGAUUAUCAUAUCAAUUCAAUCUCAAACAAUAGUGACGGCGAAACAUUUCUCUCUGCUGAUGAUUUGCGAAUCAAUCUUUGGAAUAUGGAGAUCAACAAUCAAAGUUUCAAUAUUGUUGAUGUCAAGCCUGCUAAAAUGGAAGAUCUAUCUGAGGUUAUCACAUCAGCAGAAUUUCAUCCUACCCAUUGCAAUAUGUUAGCCUAUAGCAGUUCGAAAGGUUCAAUUCGCCUGAUUGAUCUGCGCCAAUCAGCUUUAUGUGAUUCCCAUUCCAAAUUGUUUGAGGAACCAGAGGCAGCAGGUCCUAAAUCGUUCUUCACUGAGAUAAUUGCUUCAGUCUCAGACAUCAAAUUUGCCAAAGAAGGAAGAUAUCUACUUAGCCGUGACUACAUGACACUUAAGUUAUGGGACAUCAACAUGGACUCGGGUCCCGUAGCAACUUUCCAGGUUCAUGAAUAUUUGAAACCAAAGCUCUGUGAUUUAUAUGAAAAUGAUUCCAUCUUUGACAAGUUCGAGUGUUGUAUAAGUGGCAAUGGAUUACGAGCAGCUACAGGUUCUUACAGCAAUCUAUUCCGUGUGUUUGGUGUUUCCCCGGGAAGUACUGAGACGGCAACCUUAGAAGCAAGCAGAAACCCAAUGAGGAGACAUGUCCCAAUUCCUUCGAGGCCAUCCACCGCACUAAGCAGUAUAACGCGUGUUAUAAGUAGAGGAUCAGAGAGUCCCGGAGUCGAUGGGAAUAGCAAUGCUCUUGAUUACACAACAAAGCUGCUGCAUCUUGCUUGGCAUCCGAAUGAGAACUCAAUUGCUUGUGCCGCUGCAAAUAGCUUGUACAUGUACUAUGCCUAACUACAUACUCAGCAAAAAAGAAGAAGCAAAAAAGGCGCAUUUCCUUGUUUUUCUUGGUUCCUUAUGGUGGUUGAUGGGGAUUGCUAAUGCUAUAUACACCUAGAUCAUCUUCAACAUCAUCAUGACCUGGUCUUAUGAUCACGAAAGCUCUGUAAUCACCAUCAUGGACUUCUAGGAGAAAGGCAUGGAAAAGGCAAGCAGUGAAAAACCAAUCAUUCUCUUUCUCAUUUUUUUUUUUUUUUUAAAGUGUAGAAUUUUACCUUGUGCACUUGGAAACUACUUUACAGGCCAAGAAAAAAAAAACAUGAAAAUCCGAUUGGAAGAAAUCGUGAUUUUAGUAAAAGCUAAUCUCAUAUGACUUUUGGAUGGAUAUAGUUUAGAUUUUAUUAUAAUCUUUUCUGGCUCUUUGUGUAAUCAUUGUUUUAUUGAUUCUUUUGUUAAACCUGUUUCGAUUUUCUUGACUUAUUUAAAUAAUACAUUUCAUUUACAUA